UGAUAUGUGUUGAAUAUACUGAAUUUUUAGUCUAGUUGUCAUUCGUUCAGGGUGUUGAGCAAUUCGAUUAUCGGUCCAUUUUCGGUUCAUGCAUGAAAAUUAUCAACCGAGUAUCCGAGUUUAGCAAGGUGACUGAGUUAGUUUUCGACGAUUCUCGAAAUUUUAUCUCGGAAAUCGCUACUGAGUUGACUCGUUGUUUCGGUGGCUUGGCCAAUUUGAAUCAAAACCUCUUCCAUUAUCGAUCACCACCGUCGCUGUCGAUGUCGUCUUAUUCCGAGAACGACGCCGAGGCUCUCCGGCGCAAGCGCAUCCUCUCCAGCAAGCUCUACUUCGACGUGUCCCCGUCCAAGGUUCCGCUAAUCUACUCCGAAUCCUAUGACAUAUCAUUUCUCGGCAUAGAGAAACUGCAUCCGUUUGAUUCGUCGAAGUGGGGACGCAUUUGCCGAUUCCUCGUUUCGUUUGGCAUUCUCGACAAAGAAAGCAUCGUUGAGCCUCUCGAAGCUUCCAAGGAUGAUCUUCUAGUGGUUCACACAGAAUUGUAUCUGAAUAGCCUGAAGGGGAGUUCAAAAGUUGCUAUGAUAGUUGAGGUCCCUCCCGUGGCAUUAAUUCCCAAUUGUCUUGUGCAACAAAAAGUUCUUUUCCCAUUCAAGAAGCAGGUUGGAGGAACUGUACUGGCUGCAAAACUUGCAAAGGAGAGAGGAUGGGCCAUUAAUGUGGGAGGGGGGUUUCAUCACUGCUCUGCAGAAAAAGGAGGUGGAUUCUGUGUUUAUGCAGAUAUUUCUCUUUGCAUCCACUUUGCUUUUGUUCAGUUGAAUAUAUCAAGGGUGAUGAUCAUUGAUCUUGAUGCACAUCAAGGAAACGGUCAUGAAAUGGACUUUGCCUACGAUAGCCGAGUCUAUAUUUUGGAUAUGUACAAUCCUGGAAUCUAUCCUUUGUACGCAUAUAUUCUGAUACAGUGGUCACAAUUUUAUGACCUUGAGACCAACUUAUAUCAAUUCCUUGCUGCCAUCCCUUUAUACCUUCUAUAUCAGGAUUACGAGGCGAGAAACUACAUAAAUCAGCAAGUUGAAGUAAAGAGUGGGACACUUACAGAAGAGUACCUGCAAAAAUUAGACGAAGCACUAGAGGUUGCUGGGCGUAGGUUUAACCCUGAGUUGGUAAUUUAUAAUGCUGGAACCGACAUCCUACAAGGAGAUCCGUUAGGAAGGUUGGAGAUCAGCCCCGAAGGAAUUGCCCUUAGAGAUGAAAAAGUUUUCCGGUUUGCUCGUGAGAAGAACAUUCCCAUCGUCAUGCUCACUUCAGGUGGCUACAUGAAAUCUAGUGCUAGAGUGAUUGCAGAUUCAAUAAUCAAUCUUUCUAAUAAAUGCUUGAUAGAAGCGGGUGGAGCUCCAAAGUCUGCGUGAAGUGCUCCUGCACUUUUACGUUAUGAGAUUUCCCGUGGUUUACAGAUCAUCAAAUGGCCCAUUACGAGAGUAUAGUGUUUGGGUAUAUUAUGUGUUCUUUUAUAGGAAACUUUAGUGUAUGGUGUUUGAUAUAAAAAAAAUAACUUAAAUAGUUGUAAUAUGUCCAUGAAAUAGUUGUAUAUUGAUAGAAAAGAAGAUAAAUGAGUUGUACUGUAUGUGAUGUACGUGCUUGUGAACAUAAUGGUGAUCACGUGGGUAUAAUAUAUAUGUAUCCCUGUAUCCUA